ACAACAUAUUUAGCAGCAAAUCAUCAACAUAAAAAAAGAAGAAGAACAGAACAAAGAUCUCUCUUGUUUGCUUCUUUUAAAACCUUAGUUCAAAUUGUUUUCAAGCUCAUCCACAAUGGUUGAGCAUUUUCAUCUAGGCCAUUUGGUAAACUUUCUGGUACUAUGCUUGUUAAUUUUAACUGCUGUUUCAGUUGAAGCUCGAGUUCGACAUCAUAAAUGGGAGGUUAAAUAUGAAUACAAAUCCCCAGAUUGUUUCAAGAAGCUUUCCAUUAGCAUCAAUGGUAAAACUCCAGGUCCUACUAUUGUUGCUCAACAAGGUGACACUAUUGUUGUUGAAGUCAAAAAUAGCUUGUUAACUGAAAAUCUUGCUAUCCAUUGGCAUGGUAUUAGACAGAUUGGAACACCAUGGGCUGAUGGAACAGAAGGAAUCACACAAUGUCCAGUUGUUCCAGGGGAUACUUUUGUUUACAAAUUUGUUGUUGAUAGGCCUGGAACAUAUUUGUACCAUGCUCAUUAUGGUAUGCAAAGACAAGCAGGAUUACAAGGAAUGAUCAAAGUAUUAGUUCCAAAUGGAGUUGUAGAGCCAUUUCCAUAUGACUAUGAUAGAAACAUUCUUCUCACUGAUUGGUACCAUAAGAGUACUUAUGAACAAGCUACUGGUCUUGCUUCUUUACCUUUUGUUUGGGUUGGAGAACCUCAGUCACUCUUGAUUCAUGGAAGAGGAAGGUUCAAUUGUUCUACUCCAGACACAGAUGUUACUCUUUGCAAUGCUACAAAUCCUCAAUGUUCACCUUAUUCAAUGAUUGUUAUUCCUGGCAAGACUUAUAGGCUUAGAAUUGGCAGCUUGACUGCUCUUUCUGCUCUAAGUUUUGAAAUUGAGGGGCAUAAUAUGACAGUUGUAGAGGCAGAUGGUCACUAUGUAGAGCCAUUUGUGGUACAAAAACUCUUCAUUUAUUCUGGAGAAACAUACUCAGUCAUAAUCAAAGCAGAUCAAGAUCCUUCAAGAAAUUAUUGGGCAAGUACCAAAAUUGUUAGCAGGAAUAGUUCCACUCCUAAUGGUUUGGGCAUUAUUAAUUACUACCCAAACCAUCCUAGGAGAACCCCUCCUACUGUACCACCCCCGGGGCCCCAUUGGAACGACGUUGCCCCGAGGGUGGCUCAGAGUGUUGCAAUCAAAUCCCACAAGGAUUUCAUUCACGCUCCUCCUAAAACAUCGGACAGGGUCAUCGUCAUGCUUAAUACCCAAAACAGGGUUAAUGGUUUCGUGCGUUGGUCUGUCAAUAAUGUAUCAUUCAACAUGCCCCAUACGCCUUAUUUGAUCGCCCUUAAGCACAACUUAUUGCAUACUUUCGAGCAAACCCCUCCACCGGACAACUAUAACCACGAGAAUUACGACAUUUCCAUUGUCCAGCCGAAUGUGAAUGCCACAACUAGCAACUCAAUUUACAGGUUGAAAUUCAACACAACAGUGGACAUCAUUUUGCAAAAUGCCAACACAAUGAAUCCCAAUAACAGUGAGACACAUCCUUGGCAUUUACAUGGGCAUGACUUUUGGGUCAUGGGCUAUGGUAAUGGCAAAUUUAACCAAUCUAUUGACCCAAAGAAUUACAACCUUGUGAACCCAAUUAUGAAGAACACAAUCCCAGUCCAUCCUUAUGGAUGGACUGCACUGCGGUUUCGGGCCGAUAAUCCAGGAGUUUGGGCCUUUCAUUGCCAUAUUGAGUCACAUUUCUUCAUGGGAAUGGGAGUUGUUUUUGAAGAAGGGAUUGAGAAGGUUGGAAAAUUGCCUACUUCUAUUAUGGGGUGUGGUGACAGCAAAAGGUUCCACAGGCCAUAAGUUCUUUAACAUUAUCAAAAUCAGAUAACUGUAUAUUCAAAUUAUCUUUGUUUAUUAUUGGGGGAAAUUCUUUUGGUCGUUGCCAAGAAUCAAAGGUCAUUUGUAACUUGUAAACAAAAUUUCUGUUUUGUAAUUAAAAUGCUUUUCGUUUAUGUAUCUCUACACCUUUAUUUUUUAUAAAGAUCUUUACAGUGUUGAAAGUA